AAUCAUAUAAACAAAGAUAGCAAAGAAUUUCACAAGAUUUUUCAAUCUUGAAACCCAAAAUACUCCCAGAAUCAUAUCAUACGAAGUAUCUUUGUGAGUGUCUCAUAAGAUUCAUUGAGGUAGUUGCUAGAUAUCGUAAGAGAUAUACGAAGUACUUGUAUAAUAAUGGAGAAGACGUCAACAAAAAAGAUUAUAAGUGGUGGUAGGUGUGCAGCUUGCAAGCAACUUAGAAGGAGGUGCCCAUCAAAUUGCAUAUUUUUGCCAUAUUUCCCCCCUAAUGAUCCUCAAAGAUUUGCUUUCGUUCACAAAAUCUUUGGUACUAGCAACGUUGAAAUGAUGCUCCAGCAAGUAGAAGAGCAUGAGCGAGCAGACGUGGCAGAAUCCUUGUACUAUGAGGCACAUUGUCGGAUUAAGGAUCCAGUUUAUGGUUGUGCUGGAAUAAUCACUAUUUUAUGUGACCAAAUUUCCAAUCUUGAAUGUCAAUUGGCCAGAGUUCAAGCUCAGAUGCAAAUCCUGAAAGCACAGCAACUAGGGCCAUGUUUGGAAGACCCGCAACCUCAAUUCUCACAACAUUUUCCCUUGAACAACUUUAGGUUAUAUGGACAGGCCAGGAAAGCUCUUGUGAUAAAAGGUACUCUCAUAAAAACCCUCCUUAGUCCUAACUUUGUCUGAUCUUAAGCCUGAAUUGUAGGGAAUUUCCACCUUCUUUCUUGGAAGUUGUCAAGAGACAUAUAACACCUCUAGAAAGGAGCUAUCAAACACAUGAACAUGGAAGGAGAUAUGGAGAUAACUAGGAAGCUUGGAUGCAACUUCCUCGUCUCCAACCUAGCCUAUAAAUAGAGUGUUCUAUUGUUGUUCAUUGUAUCAGUUUUAGAAAGUGAGAAAAGUGUGUGAAGAGUGAAAUACACUUAGAGUAGAAGUGUAUUGGUGAGGAUUGGUUUUUUGUAAUAGUUGAGUGUGAGAGUUUGCUCCUAUUGUAAUUCUGUUCUUGAUAUUGAAUAGAAGAAUUUUCCAAUCCCAA